AUGUCGGAUGUUGGGAACGACAUAAACCAGGACAUCGACAUGUCUGAAGCCAUUGUGCCCGGCUUUAGAGAUGGCAUCAAGCUUCUGCCUCACCAGGUCGUUGGGCGAAAAUGGAUGGCCGAACGUGAAAGCGGAAAACGCUCCGGUGGUAUCCUUGCUGAUGAUAUGGGUCUUGGUAAAACGAUACAGACCAUCACCCGGAUAGUCGAAGGCCGAAUCGAUGAUGCAGGUCGGAAGGCGGGCUUUGCUAGGACCACUCUUGUCGUAUGUCCUGUGGCUGUUGUGACUCAGUGGGCCGCAGAAAUCAAGAAGAUGGCUAAUGGCCUGAUCGUCAUUGAGCAUCAUGGACAGAGCCGAACUACUGAUCCGGUGAAACUGAGAGCAGCCGACGUCAUCAUCACGUCUUACAGUGUUGUCGCGAGUGAGCAUGGUACCUUCGCUCCGGACAUCAAGGACGAGGGCAAGGGUAAAGGAAAGGCUACCAAGACCAAGUCGGCAGUGGAGUCAGAAGAUGAUGACGAUAGCGAGGACGAGAUUGCGCGCCAUCUUCAGAGGACUAAGAAGUCUGCUGCACGCGCACCUAAGAAGAAAGAUGCGCUCUUUCACGUCAAGUGGUGGCGAAUUGUCCUUGACGAAGCUCACAACAUCAAGAACAAGACGACGAAGAGUGCCCAGGCUUGCUACGCUCUGGAUGCGAAAUAUCGCUGGUGUUUGACCGGGACGCCUAUGCAGAACAACGUGGAGGAGCUGUUUUCGCUCUUGAAGUUCUUGCGUCUGCGCCCGUUGGACGAUUGGAAUGAGUUCAAAGUGAAGAUCGCGCAGCCAAUCAAGAACGGCAGACCUCAGCGGGCCAUCAAACGUCUGCAUGUGGUGUUGAAUGCAUGCAUGCUCCGACGGACAAAGAACACGAUUCUCAACGGCAAGCCUAUUCUCGAUCUCCCGGACCGUAUCGUCAACAACGUUCAUUGCAAGUUCGAUACCGAGGAGCAGCACUUCUACGAGAAUGUCCAAACACUUGUCCAAGACCGUCUCGAGACAUUGCAGCGCCAGGGCGACAUGUCCAAGAACUACACCAGCAUGCUGGUUUUGUUGUUGCGACUCCGCCAAGCAUGCAAUCAUCCUUCGUUGGUGUCGCAAGACUAUAGCAAGGACAAGGAAGCUGUUGAGCCGAAAGCAGCGAAGGAUGACAAGGACAUCGACGAUGACGCAGACGAGCUCGCUGACCUCGUUGGUGGCUUGGGCUUGUCGGGGGUGACCAAGCGCUGCCAGAUGUGCCAAGAUAUCAAUGGCGACGAUCAUUGCACGAAUUGCGUCGAGCUCGUGACAAAGGCGCGCCGCAAAUCCGUUGCAGCGAACGCACAGUUACCUCCAAGUUCCGCAAAGAUUCGCAAGAUCUUGGAACUACUGGAUGCCAUUGAGGAACGGGGGGAGGGAGAGAAGACGAUCAUCUUCUCACAGUUCACUUCGAUGCUGAAUCUGAUCGAGCCGUUCCUCAAGGCCGAGGGCCUCAAGUAUGUCCGCUAUGAUGGCUCCAUGACGAAACCAGACCGUGAAGAGGCCCUAACGAAAAUCAAGACGAGCUCAAGUACGCGGAUCAUCCUCAUCUCGUUCAAAGCCGGCAGUACGGGUUUGAACCUGACUUGUUGCAACAACGUCAUCCUCGUCGACCUGUGGUGGAACCCUGCAUUGGAGGACCAGGCGUUCGACCGCGCGCACCGGCUAGGCCAGAAGCGCGCAGUGAACAUACAUAAGCUGUCAGUGCCCAACACCGUAGAAGAGCGGAUUAUCGGGCUCCAAGAGAAGAAGCGGGCCUUGGCCGCCGCCGCGUUGUCUGGCGACAAGAUGAAGAACAUGAAGCUGGGCCUCGACGACCUCAUGGCCCUUUUCAGACACGGCGACGACCACGACGACGAGUCGGACGAGGAUUAG